AUGGGCAGCGUGCUGCCUGACGAGGUGCUCUCCCGCAUACUGCACGAGCUGCACGCCGUCGCGCCCGGCCAAGUCGCCUCCCUCGCCGUCGUCCUCCCCACCCACGUCCGACAGGCGACCCUCGCUCGACCCGUCUUCACCUCGUCGCACGGCGUCCAGCAGUACCUCACUCGCGUACACAGCGGCGACAGCGACAUUGUCGAACGUGCGCGGGUCAUCACGAUCCGGCGAGGGUCGAGGCGGGCACUGCCGGCGGCGGGCAAGGGCCGGCGGGCCAAGGGCGAGCCUGUCGAGGACGCCGUCACGCCUGAGGACCUCGUUCGACUCGCCCACACGCUCAAGCGUCUUGUCGAGCUCCGCCUCGUCGCGCCCGCGUUCGACUCGCUCCGCCGCCGCCAGGUCGACUUUGCGGCCAACCUGCCGCACCUCCGCUCGCUGUCGAUUGUCGGGCGCGCGGGCGGGUCCAGCCGCGGCUUCAACCUGCACACCGUCGGCCAGGUCCUCCAGAACGCGCCCAACGUCGUCGACCUCGCCUUGCGCCAUGUCAACUCGUACCGUGGCGCGCUCGGCGACCUCGCCCCUCCGUCGUGCCGCCUGUCCUCGUUCGCCCUGUUCGACACGCCCUCGAUCACGUCCGACCAGCUGUCUUGGCUCCUGCAGGCGUCCAUAGACGUCGACUCGCUCCGCACCAUCGCCUUCGACCUCUCGCCCGACGUCCAUCCCUCGCACCUUGCCGCGGUCAAGUGGGCCGCGACGCCCGUCAAUCGCCUCGCCGUCACCUCGUCACGGCCCGAGGCCGUCGAGGGCAUCGCGCAGCAUUUCCCCUCGUUGCGCCAGUUCGCGUUCCGCUGCUCGUCAACGGUCGACCCGCACCGCCUCCUCGCGAGCUGCGCCUCGUGCGGGUCCAUCGAGGUCGUCGAGGACCGGUCGCUCGGCCCAGCAGACGACUCGGCAAGCGCAGACGGAGGCGCAGAGCCCCUCGUCUGGGCUGAAGCGCUCGUCCUUGCGCGCCGCCGGCGACUGGCGGGCCUGGCGGGCUUGCGACGACUCGUGCUUGGGUCGCACCGCCGGGCGGAACCAGGGUUCGCCGUCCUCGAGGAGGUGUGUCGCGCGCACGGUGUACAGCUCGAGACGCACGAGAUGGAGCGAGGGGCAAAGUCGCCGCCGUUCAUCCCCAUCGACUUCGCCGCGCUCCACUCGCUCCACCUCGACUCCUGCGCCUGA